UCUCUCCAAGAGGCCAAACUCGGAGCCAUGGCGUCAGCGCUGCCCCCCAAUUUCUCUUGGGUGGUCUCAGGCCUAUUGGCUGGCCUGGCCAUGCCCCGCCUCCCGGCUCACUACCAAUACAUGCACGACCACGGGAUCCGGCACCUGGUAUCGCUAACCGAGCGAAGCCCGCCUUACCACGACAGCUGCCCGGGCAUCCAAGUGCACCGUCUGCGCAUUGCUGAUUUCUGCUCCCCCUCGACCGAACAGAUCCAGCGGUUUCUGCAGAUUGUGGAAGACGCCAACGCCAAGGGGGAGGCGGUGGCCGUUCACUGUUUGCUGGGCUUCGGACGGACGGGAACCAUGUUGGCGUGUUACCUUGCCAAGACCCACAAAAUCACCGGGGUGGACGCCAUCCAAAAAAUCCGUCAGCUGCGGCCGGGCUCCAUCGAGACUUACGACCAGGAGAAAGCCGUUGUCCAGUUCUACCAGCGUACAAAGUAGCCCCAGGAAAGGACGAGACUCGCCCUUGAAAAAAAAAAGCCAUCUUCUUCGUGAACCAGUUGUGUCUUUGGAUGGAGGAAAAAGGCAAAUAUUAGUGGAGGAAUUAUUCAAGACCGUUCACACCGAGAAAAUCCUGGAUUUUAAGGUUUGGAAUCUCAAGUUUCAGGGAGGAGGAAGUUUCUGGUUAAGGACAGCCUUGACAAUAAAGAAGCCAUCCUAAUAAAAAAAAAUAAAAAAACACCAGAUGGUA